AUGCCUAACAUCAACCAAUACGCCGUUCCCACCACCUACUACCGCGGUGGCACCAGUAAAGCCAUCUUUUUUCAUGAACAUGUUCUGCCUCCACCCGGCCCUCAGCGCGAUCGUCUCCUCAAGCGGGCCAUAGGCUCGCCGGACCCCCUUCAGCUUGACGGAAUGGGCGGGUCCAAAGCUGUCACAUCCAAGAUCGCCAUCGUCAAAUCCUCGACCCGUCCCGAUGCCGAUGUCGAUUACACCUUCGCCCAGGUUGGGGUUGCCGAUGACUUUAUCGGCUAUGAUGCCAACUGCGGUAAUAUCUCGGCCGCGGUCGGACCGUUUGCGAUCGACGAGGGGCUGGUCAAGUAUCGACCUGGGCGAAGCAUGGAUCCAAAGGUCAAGACGCAGGAGGUACGCAUUUAUAACACAGGGACGCGAAAGGUGUUGAGUGCGCAUGUUCCCAUCACAGAGAAGGGCUGUUUCGAGUCGGAGGGGACGCAAGCGAUCGCCGGUGUGCCAGGGACUGGGAGUCCAAUCUUGAUGGAUUAUCGAUCUACCAUCGGAGCCUGGCUAUCAAGAGGCCUCCUCCCGACAGGAAAUAUAACCGACACUCUCACGGUCGCUGGAAAUGACAUCCAAGUCACCAUCUGCGACAUGGCCAAUCUAUGUGUCUUCGCCAACGCAAAAGACUUCAACAUCACCGGCCACGAGAGUGCCGCCGAUUUGACCGCCAACUCCGACUGGCAAACUAGGACGCAAGAACUGCUUGGAAAGGCAGCGGUGCUCGUUGGAUUGACAAAAGACUGGCAAGCG